AUGCCUGGAGGAACGUCAGUCAUCAUCACUGGCACGGCCGAUACAGCUCGUGUCGAAGCACCAGUCACUGUCAAAGCCUACCUACUAUGUGCCUUCGCUGCGCUCGGAGGCAUUUUCUUCGGCUAUGACACUGGCUACAUGGGCGGCGUUCUGGGCAUGAGAUACUUCAUCCGCCAGUACACCGGUCUACCAUAUCCGGAUCCCAGCGAUCCGGCUGCGGUGUUAGCCUUCCAUCUUCGGGCUAGCGAGCAGUCUCUCAUCGUAUCAAUCCUGUCGGCUGGGACGUUCUUCGGUGCAAUCCUAGCUGGCGACAUGGCAGACUUGAUUGGAAGGCGAACGACAAUAAUUGUCGGCUGUCUCAUUUUUAUUGGAGGAUGUAUUCUGCAGACUGCUUCGACAAGCCUAGGUCUCAUGGUUCCGGGUCGUUUGAUCGGAGGACUUGGUGUGGGCUUUAUCUCAGCAAUUGUAAUUCUCUACAUGUCGGAAAUCGCGCCAAAGAAGGUGCGUGGAGCGUUGAUUGCGGGAAACAAUUGGUGCAUCACCAUCGGAAUUCUCCUUGCCAAUGUCGUUUGCUAUUCGACCCAAAACCGAGAUGACAGUGGCUCUUAUCGUAUUCCCAUUGCCAUUCAGUUCGUUUGGGCAGUCAUUCUUGGGACCGGUCUCUUCUUCCUCCCCGAAAGCCCUAGAUACUUGGUCAAAAAGGGAAAAUUCGAGCACGCAGCAAAGGCGUUGUCGCACGUGCGCGGUCAAAAUGUUGCUUCGCAGUAUAUCCAGGACGAAUUAGCAGAGAUCAUUGCGAAUCAUGAAUAUGAAAAGCAAUUGACUCCUCAAUUGAGCUAUCUCGGAAGCUGGAAGACCUGCUUCCAGGGUUCACUGUUGCAGGGCAAUUCAAAUUCUCGCCGCACCCUCAUUGGAAUUCUUAUGCAGAUGUUUCAACAAUUCACAGGAAUAAAUUUCAUAUUCUAUUUCGGCGUUGUCUUCUUCCAAAACCUCGGCACCAUCGACAAUCCCUUCUUGAUUCAACUAAUUACUAGCCUCGUCAACACAUGUUCCACCCCUUUCUCAUUCUGGAUGGUUGAACGAUUCGGCCGACGUCACAUUUUACUGGCUGGUGGGUCUGGCAUGGUGAUUUCACAAUUCAUCGUUGGCAUUGUCGGUGUCACGGCAGGCAAGAGCGGUGACGCCGCGGCUGUUCGGUGUAUGAUUGCGUUUAUCUGCAUCAAUAUUGCGAUGUUCGCAAUGAGCUGGGGUCCAGCGGCAUGGAUCAUAGUUGGGGAGAUCUUUCCCCUGCAAAUUCGAUCCCGAGCUGUAGGUUUCUCCACUGCGAGCAACUGGUUUUGGAACUGUAUCAUUGCCACAAUCACUCCUUACCUAGUAGGUAAUGGACGGGGUGAAGCAAAUCUGGGUGCUAAAGUCUUCUUCCUCUGGGGCUCACUGUGCUCUCUCUGUGUUCUGUUCACUUACCUCUUCAUCCCUGAGAUGAAAGGCUUGAGCUUGGAACAGAUUGACAAAAUGCUAGAGGAGACGACGCCAAGGAAGAGUGCAUCCUGGACGCCCCAUAGUACUUUUGCAGACGACAUGGGUCUGACCGAUAAGGGCGUCCCUAUCUCUGCUACCGUUGAGGACGUUCAUCAGCAGUUAAAAGAUGCCUGA